AUGGUUUCCCUGGACCCGUCCGCGGCCGCCGUCCCGCUCACGCCGCUCUCCCGCUGGUACCUCUACGCCAUCCACGGAUACUUCUGCGAGGUCAUGUUCACCGCCGCCUGGGAGUUCGUCGUCAACCAGAACUGGAAAUUCCCGGGCGUGACCAGCGUCUGGGCCCUGUUCAUUUACGGAACCUGUAUUUUGAUCGUGGAGCGGAUGUACCUGAGACUUCGCCAACGCUGCCCGAUUUUACUCCGCUGCGUCAUCUACACUUUAUGGACGUAUUUCUGGGAGUUCGGGACGGGAUUCCUGCUCCGUCAGUUCAACGCGUGUCCGUGGGAUUACUCCGAGUUCAAGUACAAUUUCCAGGGUCUCAUAACGUUGGAAUACGCCGUUCCGUGGUUCUGCGCGUCGUUCAUCGUGGAAAGGUUCGUGAUUCGGAAAACUUUGCGGCUGCGGUUCCACGAAGGAGUCGAAGACGGUUCCGGACGGCGGCGAGACGACAGCGCCAACGGGUUUUUAAAAGCGGAUUAAGACGAGUUUUAAGGGAUGGAGAUUCGCGUCGCGUCGUUGUCCCGUCGGAAAGCUGUAUCAUACUGGAAAAAUACUGACGCAGAGGGUUCGAUUCCCUCCGUAAUUGUCGACUCUGUGCCCAAAAGCAAGGCACUGUCUGGAAGGAAAACACGAACAGAAACUUACCGACGACGGACUUAAGGCUUCAAAUCCCGAAUCGGCGAAGAUCUCAAAACUUAGAGAUGUUUUGUAGGGCUAAUAACGUAAGGUAAAUGACAAACUACUGACGGAUGGACUGCGGGUUCGAUUCCCAAACAAGGGACUUCGUGCCCAAAAGCAAGACGUCUGAAACUGCUGCUUCACCGAGCGCACACACCUGUAUUUUGUAUGGCUUAGUUAUCACGUAAACUGUAAUAUUGUUAAGGAGAAAAAAGCUAGUCAAC